CGCUGCAUUUUUUGAAUAAUCUCUGGUGAGCAUAGAUUUCAUAGAAAAAAAAACAUACUAUAUUGUUUUAAGUGUUUACCUUUUUUCGAUUAAUCCUGUGACGUACAAAGACUGACGUUUUUAGGACUUUACGUUUAAGUUUUUAAAGUUUUUCUUAAGGUGUGCAUUGCGCGUGCAGACCCUCUCGGAAGCAAACGCUGCAAUUUUGCGAACUCCCUGGAAAACUGCUCGGUCACAUGUGAGUCAAAAUGAGCGAGCCUCCUGAAAGUAUUUCGUAUAAACGUUAUCUAACUGAUCCUGAAGAGGAAAUUCCUUCAAGAACCAAACGGAGAUGGGCACAAAAAGAAAGAAUUAAGGUUGCAGAAGAAGAACUUCAGAAUGUUAUCAAGGAAUGUGAAAAGGAAAUCCCAGACACCCUUCCAGAAGACAGAACUCUGCCGAUGACUAAUGAUGAAGAGUGCACUGCAGGUCCUGUUCAGAUAGAGGUCCCAGUGGAUUCAGGUCAAACUAAAGAGCAAAAUCAACUACUACUUCUGGCACUUAAGCUCAAACACAGUUUGACCAAUGACUGUCUUGAAGAUAUCAUGAAAAUCCUUAAUCUUGUUGGUGGCAGUGAUUCAGCAUGCAGGACAAAAUAUUCAUUUUACAAAGCUUUUGAUGAUACAAAAGACAUCAUGAAAAUCUGUUAUGUGUGUGAGCAGUGUAGUAAUAUAAUGUCAGCUGAGCUGGACCAAGUUCAUUGUGUUCAAUGCAACAUCACCUAUGACAAAGCAAGUAGGUUUACCAAUAACUUUUUCAGAUACCUCUCCUUGGAAGAUCAAAUCAAAAAUCUCUUGAGAAUGCCAGGAAUUACAGAUGAAUUAAUAGGAAGGCAAACAGAAACAUCUACUUCUCUCAGUGACAUUUGUGAUGGUUUUUUGUAUCAGAAAGCUUUAAGUGGUUCAGAAACGGCCCUUCAAACCCUCAGCUUAACAUUUAGCUGUGAUGGUGUCCCAGUUUUUAAAAAGUCCCCUUGUAGUAUUUGGCCCCUUUUAUGCACCAUUAAUGAAUUGCCAUUGAAAACAAGACAGGAUAAUGUACUCCUUUGUGGACUAUGGUUCGGGGAUGAGAAGCCUCACAUGAGAAGUUUCUUAAAACCUUUCAUUGAUGAGUGUGUGGACCUACAGGACAGUGGUUUCACAUGGGAAAAUGACAAAGGCGUUUCUGUCAAUACAAAAGUAAUCCCUCUAAUUCUAAUGAGUGACUCAGUUGCCAGACCUCUGAUCCAGAAUUUUAAACAGUUUAAUGGUGAAUAUGGAUGCUCCUACUGCCUUCAUGAAGGAAAGGUAGUUGAAAAAGGCAGAGGAUUCACUCGUGUAUAUCCUUUUCAGAAGGACAUUCAACUCCACAAUCAGGAACAAACUAAUGAAUUUGUAGAAGCUGCGCUACAGUCUGGUAAAGCUGUUAUGGGUGUUAAAGGGCCAAGUAUGUUGUGUAGACUUCCCAGUUUUGAUAUUAUCGAAGGGUCUGUCCCAGACUAUAUGCAUUCAGUACUUCUGGGUGUUGCAAGAAGUGUAACAGGGCUGUGGUUAAACAGUGAAAACCAUGAAAAGCACUGGUAUAUAGGUAGGUCUACAAAACUGUUAGAUGAAAUGCUUUUAAAGAUUAAACCGCCAUGUAAUGUACCUCGUGUGCCAAGGUCUGUCACAUUGAGGAAAUUUUGGAAAGCCCAUGAGUGGUAUAUGUGGCUCUUUUAUUAUAGCUUACCUGUACUAAAAGGUGUAUUGCCAGAACCACUACUGAAUCACUGGUCUAAACUAGUCAAGGGAGUAUCCCUUCUGUUGGGCGAAAAUAUAACCAGAGAGCAGAUUACUGAGUUUGAGGCACUUCUAACAGAUUUUGUGAAAGACAUGGAGGUAUUCUAUGGGGAAGCUAAUCUGUCUUAUAAUGUCCAUCUUUGCCUCCAUUUACCAAGAAGUGUAGUUAACUGGGGGCCUUUGUGGGCUCAUUCCGCCUUUGUGUUUGAGUCUUACAAUGCUAAACUACUAGACAUGAUCAAAAGCACUCAAGGGGUUGCGCUACAGAUUGUAAAAAUGUUCUGGCUACAGAAGGCCUUACCAUUUUAUGGCCAGACUUUACUGAAAGAUGCCUCAAAUGAAUGCAAGGAGAUAUUUGAAUCUCUAACAAGACCUAAACUGUUAAAACAUGUAACUCACACACAUGGUAUCACUGCACUUAAUCUUCCUAAAGUGCGAUUAAUUAGGAGGGAUGACUAUAUGGCACUGAGUCGUUUUGGGGUACAAAGGAGCAGAGUACAGUACUUUCAACGAAUCAUUACAAAUGGCGAGGUGUUUCACUCAGAAGAUUACAGUCGUGUACUCAAACGUAAUUCAUUCACUGUUAUGUUGAAUGAUGAUGAUCAAAAUUUCUUUAACAUUAAACGAUUUGUAUUAUGUCAAAAUGAAAGUGGAGAGACGUGUUAUGCCAUUGGAAGAUUCUAUGAACGAGCAAAGCAUAGUCUCUGUGCCUCAAAUCCAAGUUAUUUUGAACCAGUAUCAAAACGUCUUGGGCAUCUGACAGGUAUUCUUGCUGCAGAGAUCAAAUGCAAAUGUCUGAUCAUUCACACUGAAAAACUAAAAGUUGAUUACAUUUUUAGAAGCAUUAAUCAGUGUGAAUUCCUUAAAUAAGGUUAAACAUGAGAAAACAUGAUUUUUUUCAGUGCCAUGUGGUAUUUUUCUGAAGUGAUUUUGAACCAGUUCAUUAAAAAAAAACAUACAUAAUUAAACAUUAAAUGGUAAAACGUCAGAUAUACAUUACAUUAAGUCAUUAAGUGCUAUAUAUUGCAUCAUUAAAGGAACACUCCCUCAGAGUUAAUGCGUUGAGUCUGACCAUUUUGGAAUCCAUACAGUUGAUUUGUAUGGUGAUAACACUUUUAACAUAGCUUAGCAUACAUCAUUGAAUCCGAAGGGACCGUGAGCAUUGCAUUGAAAAAUGACCAAAGACUUAAUGGUCAAACUCAGUUUUUUUUUAUUUCGGGGGGAGAUCGAGAAUGAGCUUAUUUCCAAAAAAAGUGGACUGUUUCUUUAAGUACUAUAUUGUAUAUAAUGUCAAAAACUAAAGUGUACAUAGCAGUUGUUGUGUUUUGUGUACUGUAUCACUGAUAAAUAAUUUCAAAGUCAAGUGAAUGCUAAUAUUGUGUGAAAUACUGUAAGCAAAUGAAUAAAUAACCUAAUUCUUGCUAGACCUUUGACUCUGUUUUGUUUGAAUCCAACUGUUUUUGUAGAUGUGAUUAAAUGCAGAUGUUGUUACUUUUAUUAUUGUUAUUAUUAUUGCACUAAAUACAUUUUAAAUAAGGGAUACUUUGAUAUACAUUCUACUGUAAGGUUGGAAAUGUAUUUUCUUGAACGCAAAUAUAUUUUGAAAUGUGUUUUGGUUAGAAAGAAAUAUAUUUUCA